UACAAAUCUUAAGUAAUGUUCCAUUUUUUUUUGCAGCUUCCCAUAAAAGCUGGCCAGCAGAAUACCCACACCAAAGUCAGCACAGAACAUAACAAGGAAUGUCUCAUAAACAUUUCCAAGUACAAGUUUUCCCUCGUCAUCAGUGGUCUCACUAAUAUCUUAAAAAAUGUCAACAAUAUGAGGAUAUUUGGAGAAGCUGCUGAAAAGAAUUUAUAUCUCUCUCAGCUGAUUAUAUUGGAUACACUGGAAAAAUGUCUUGCUGGGCAACCAAAGGACACCAUGCGACUAGAUGAAACGAUGCUGGUCAAACAGUUGCUGCCAGAAAUCUGCCAUUUUAUCCAUACCUACCGCGAAGGAAACCAACAUGCAGCUGAACUUCGCAAUUCUGCCUCUGGGGUUCUCUUCUCUCUCAGUUGCAAUAAUUUUAAUGCUGUCUUUAGCCGCAUUUCCACCAGAUUGCAGGAACUGACCGUGUGUUCAGAGGAUAAUGCUGAUGUUCAUGAUAUUGAACUUUUACAGUAUAUUAGUGUGGACUGUGUAAAAUUGAAACGAAUAUUGCAAGAGACCGUAUUUAAGUUUAAAGCCCUAAAGAAAGUAGCUCAACUGGCAGUUAUAAACAGUCUUGAAAAGGCAUUUUGGAAUUGGGUGGAAAACUAUCCUGAUGAAUUCACAAAGCUGUACCAGACACCACAGACAGAUAUGGCGGAUUGUGCAGAGAAGUUGUUUGACUUGGUGGAUGGUUUUGCCGAAAGCACGAAACGUAAAGCAGCAGUAUGGCCACUGCAAAUCAUUCUUCUUGUCCUGUGUCCAGAAAUCAUCCAAGAUAUAACCAAGGAUGUCGUAGAGGAGACCAAAAUAAACAAGAAACUGUUUCUGGACAACCUCAGGAAAGCACUUGCAAGCCAUAGUGGAAGCAGACAGCUGACCGAAAGUGCUGCUAUUGCUUGUGUUAAACUGUGUAAAGCAUCAACCUACAUUAACUGGGAAGAUAAUUCUGUCAUUUUCCUUCUAGUACAGUCCAUGGUUGAUGAUCUUAAGACCUUGCUGUUUAAUCCAAGUAAACCUUUCUCAAGAGGCAAUCAGAAUGCAGAUGUAGACCUUAUGAUAGACUGCUUAGUUUCCUGCUUUCGUAUAAACCCUCAGAAGAACCCAUAUCUUAAGAUCUGCUUGGCACAGAAUACCCCAUCAACAUUUCAGUAUGUGCUGGUAAAUUCACUCCACCGAAUAAUCACUAAUUCUGCAGUGGACUGGUGGCCCAAGAUAGAUGCUGUGUACUGUCACUCUGUGGAACUCCGCAGCAUGUUUAGUGAAACACUUCAUAAAGUUGUGCAGGGCUGUGGGGCGCAUCCACCAAUUCGUAUGACACCGAGUCUUACAUUUAAAGAGAAAAUGACAAGCCUUAAAUUUAAAGAAAAACCUACAGACUUGGAAACCAGAAGUUAUAAGUUUUUGCUGUUAUCCAUGGUAAAACUGUUACAUGCUGAUCCAAAGCUCUUGCUGUAUAAUCCCAGGAAGCAAGGGCCUGAGACACAGAGUAGUACUGCUGAAUUAAUUACAGGACUUGUACAACUUGUUCCACAGUCCAACAUGCCAGAAAUAGCACAAGAAGCCAUGGAGGCCUUGCUAGUUCUUCAUCAGUUAGAGAGCAUUGAUUUAUGGAAUCCAGAUGCACCCAUAGAAACAUUUUGGGAAAUUAGUUCACAAAUGCUUUUCUGUAUCUGCAAGAAACUAACUGGUCAUCAGAUGCUCAGUAGCACAGAAAUCCUCAAAUGGUUGCGUGAGAUUCUGAUCUGCAGGAACAAAUUUCUUCUGAAAAAUAAACAAUCAGAUAGGAGUUCCUGUCAUUUUCUCUUCCUUUAUGGGGUAGGAUGUGAUGUGUCUGGAGGUGGACCUAGUCAACUUUCUCUUGACCAUGAAGAGAUGCGCUGUGCUCCGGGGUCUUCUCUCAGGAAAGGAAAAGGCAACUCUUCCAUGGAAAGUACAGCAGGCUGCAGUGGAACUCCAAUAUGUCGCCAAGCACAAACGAAAUUAGAGGUUGCUCUGUACAUGUUUCUGUGGAGCCCUGACAUUGAGGCUGUUCUUGUUGCGAUGUCCUGUUUUCGUCAUCUCUGUGAGGAAGCAGAUAUCAGGUGCGGAGUAGAUGAAGUCUCGGUACAUAAUUUUUUGCCAAACUACAACACAUUCAUGGAGUUUGCCUCUGUCAGCAAUAUGAUGUCAACAGGGAGAGCAGCUCUUCAAAAAAGAGUCAUGGCAUUAUUAAGGCGCAUUGAGCACCCAACUGCAGGCAACACUGAGGCAUGGGAGGAUACACAUGCAAAGUGGGAACAAGCUACAAAAUUGAUCCUCAACUAUCCAAAGACCAAAAUGGAAGAUGGGCAGGUUACUGAUAGUCUUCACAAGACAAUUGUCAGGCGACGAAUGUCUCAUGUUAGUGGGGGAGGCUCCAUAGACUUGUCUGACACCGAUUCUCUGCAGGAAUGGAUCAACAUGACAGGGUUCUUGUGUGCUCUUGGAGGAGUAUGUCUCCAGCAUCGUAGCAAUGCCGGAUUAGCAACUUACAGCCCACCUAUGGGCCCAGUCAAUGAGCGUAAGGGCUCCAUGAUAUCUAUGGUAUCCACCGAGGGAAAUGCAGAGACUCCUGUUAGCAAAUUCGUAGAUAGAUUAUUAACUCUAAUGGUCUGUAACCAUGAGAAGGUGGGACUUCAGAUACGGACUAAUAUUAAAGAUCUGGUGGGUCUGGAAUUGAGUCCAGCACUUUAUCCAAUGCUGUUUAACAAACUGAAGAAUACCAUCAGCAAAUUUUUUGACUCUCAAGGACAGGUUUUGUUAACUGACACCAACACACAAUUUGUAGAGCAGACUAUUGCUAUAAUGAAAAACCUGCUUGAUAAUCAUACUGAAGGAAGCUCGGAACAUCUGGGGCAAGCUAGUAUAGAGACCAUGAUGCUGAAUCUAGUUAGAUACGUACGUGUGCUUGGAAAUUUGGUGCACGCAAUUCAAAUAAAAACUAAACUCUGUCAACUAGUGGAGGUAAUGAUGGAGAGGCGAGAUGACCUUUCGUUUUGCCAAGAGAUGAAAUUUAGGAACAAAAUGGUUGAAUAUUUGACAGACUGGGUUAUGGGGACAUCCAACCAAGCAACAGAUGAAGAUGUAAAAUGCCUCACGAGAGAUCUAGACCAAGCAAGUAUGGAAGCAGUGGUCUCUCUUCUUGCCGGGCUUCCACUACAGCCUGAAGAAGGAGAUGGUGUUGAACUGAUGGAAGCCAAAUCCCAAUUAUUUCUGAAAUAUUUCACUCUAUUUAUGAACCUUCUAAAUGACUGUAGUGAAGUUGAAGACGAAAGUGCACAAACAGGUGGCAGGAAGCGUGGAAUGUCUCGAAGGCUGGCAUCACUGCGACACUGCACUGUUCUUGCUAUGUCAAAUUUACUCAAUGCAAAUGUGGACAGUGGCCUUAUGCACUCAAUAGGCUUAGGUUAUCACAAAGAUCUCCAGACAAGAGCUACAUUCAUGGAAGUCCUCACCAAAAUUCUACAGCAGGGUACAGAGUUUGAUACACUAGCAGAAACUGUACUGGCAGAUCGAUUUGAGAGAUUGGUGGAACUGGUCACUAUGAUGGGUGACCAAGGAGAGCUGCCAAUUGCUAUGGCGUUAGCCAAUGUAGUGCCUUGUUCGCAGUGGGAUGAGUUAGCUCGUGUCCUGGUCACCCUCUUUGACUCCAGGCACUUGCUCUAUCAGCUGCUUUGGAACAUGUUUUCUAAGGAAGUGGAACUGGCAGAUUCCAUGCAGACUCUUUUCAGGGGAAAUAGCUUGGCCAGUAAAAUAAUGACUUUCUGUUUUAAGGUAUAUGGUGCUACAUAUCUACAGAAGCUCUUGGAACCUUUAUUAAGGACUGUGAUCACAUCCUCUGAAUGGCAGCAUGUCAGCUUUGAGGUGGAUCCUACAAGAUUGGAGCAUGCAGAAAGUCUUGAAGACAACCAGCGGAGUCUCCUGCAGAUGACUGAGAAAUUCUUCCAUGCAAUCAUUAAUUCCUCUGCUGAAUUUCCACCCCAGCUUCGCAGUGUGUGCCAUUGUCUGUAUCAGGCAACUUGCCACUCUCUACUGAAUAAAGCUACCGUAAAAGAAAAAAAGGAAAACAAAAAAUCAGUUGUCAGCCAGCGGUUUCCUCAGAACAGCAUUGGAGCAGUUGGAAGCGCCAUGUUUCUAAGGUUCAUCAAUCCUGCAAUUGUUUCCCCUUAUGAGGCAGGGAUUUUAGAUAAAAAGCCUCCACCUAGAAUUGAAAGGGGCUUGAAGUUAAUGUCAAAGAUACUUCAGAGUAUUGCCAACCAUGUCUUGUUUACGAAAGAAGAACAUAUGCGGUCUUUUAAUGACUUUGUAAAAAGCAACUUUGAUGCAGCACGAAGGUUUUUUCUUGAUAUUGCAUCCGAUUGUCCUGCUAGUGACACUGUCAAUCACAGUCUCUCCUUCAUUAGUGAUGGCAAUGUACUGGCCUUACACCGUUUACUCUGGAACAAUCAGGAGAAGAUUGGCCAGUAUCUUUCUAGCAACAGGGACCACAAAGCUGUUGGAAGGCGACCUUUCGACAAAAUGGCUACUCUUCUUGCCUACCUGGGUCCACCUGAGCACAAGCCUGUGGCAGACACACACUGGUCCAGUCUAAAUCUCACCAGUUCCAAAUUUGAAGAAUUUAUGACAAGGCACCAGGUACAUGAAAAAGAGGAGUUCAAGGCAUUGAAAACAUUAAAUAUUUUCUACCAAGCUGGGACGUCAAAAGCUGGCAAUCCUGUUUUUUACUACAUUGCUCGGCGGUUCAAGACCGGUCAGAUCAAUGGUGAUUUAUUAAUAUACCAUGUUCUACUAACUUUGAAGCCAUACUAUGCUAAGCCAUAUGAGAUUGUAGUGGACCUCACUCACGCCGGACCCAGCAAUCGCUUUAAAACAGACUUCCUUUCCAAGUGGUUUGUAGUUUUUCCAGGUUUUGCUUAUGAAAAUGUCUCAGCUGUUUAUAUUUACAAUUGCAACUCUUGGGUCAGGGAAUACACCAAAUACCACGAGAGGCUUCUGACAGGCCUGAAAGGCAGCAAAAGGCUUAUUUUCAUAGACUCUCCCGGGAAAUUGGCAGAGCACAUUGAAAAUGACCAGCAGAAACUUCCAGCUGCUACCUUGGCUUUGGAAGAAGAUUUGAAAGUGUUUCACAAUGCUCUCAAACUGGCCCACAAAGACACCAAAGUUUCUAUUAAAGUUGGGUCUACCGCUGUGCAGGUAACAUCAGCAGAACGAACAAAAGUCCUGGGACAGACAGUGUUUCUAAAUGACAUUUACUAUGCCUCUGAGAUUGAGGAGAUAUGUCUAGUUGAUGAGAACCAGUUCACCUUAACCAUUGCCAACCAAGGCACACCACUCACCUUCAUGCAUCAGGAGUGUGAAGCCAUCGUUCAGUCCAUCAUUCACAUACGGACUCGAUGGGAGCUGUCACAACCAGACUCCAUCCCACAACAUACUAAAAUCCGCCCUAAGGAUGUCCCUGGAACACUACUGAAUAUAGCAUUGCUUAACCUGGGAAGCUCAGACCCUAGUUUACGGUCUGCUGCCUAUAAUCUUCUGUGUGCCUUAACCUGUACCUUUAAUUUAAAGAUUGAGGGUCAGUUACUGGAGACUUCAGGUCUUUGUAUCCCUGCCAACAACACCCUUUUUAUUGUGUCUAUUAGUAAGACUCUGGCAGCUAAUGAGCCACACCUUACCUUAGAGUUUUUGGAAGAGUGUAUUUCUGGAUUUAGCAAAUCUAGUAUUGAACUGAAACACCUUUGCCUGGAAUAUAUGACUCCCUGGUUGUCAAAUCUGGUGCGAUUUUGCAAACACAAUGAUGAUGCCAAACGCCAGCGAGUCACUGCUAUUCUUGAUAAGCUUAUAACAAUGACAAUAAAUGAGAAACAGAUGUAUCCUUCCAUUCAAGCGAAAAUAUGGGGGAGUCUUGGACAGAUAACAGAUCUACUUGAUGUAGUGCUGGACAGUUUCAUCAAAACCAGUGCUACUGGGGGGUUAGGAUCCAUAAAAGCUGAGGUUAUGGCAGACACAGCUGUAGCACUCGCUUCUGGAAAUGUGAAAUUGGUUUCAAGCAAAGUAAUUGGGAGAAUGUGCAAAAUAAUCGACAAGACUUGUCUGUCUCCAACUCCUACAUUAGAACAGCACCUGAUGUGGGAUGAUAUUGCCAUUCUAGCACGUUACAUGCUGAUGCUCUCCUUUAACAAUUCUCUUGAUGUGGCAGCACAUCUCCCCUACCUCUUCCAUGUAGUUACUUUGUUGCUCAUCAACAUCAUUCAUUCUCUGUGCACCUGCUCACAACUUCACUUUAGUGAAGAGACGAAGCAAGUUUUGAGACUCAGCUUGACAGAGUUCUCACUACCCAAGUUUUAUUUGCUGUUUGGAAUCAGCAAAGUGAAAUCAGCAGCAGUCAUAGCAUUUCGAUCCAGUUAUCGGGAUAGGUCAUUCUCUCCUGGUUCUUAUGAGAGGGAGACGUUUGCACUGACUUCUCUGGAAACAGUUACUGAAGCUCUGCUGGAGAUCAUGGAGGCUUGUAUGAGAGAUAUUCCAACAUGCAAGUGGCUGGACCAGUGGACAGACCUAGCACAAAAGUUUGCAUUCCAAUAUAAUCCAUCUCUGCAACCACGAGCACUUGUCGUCUUCGGCUGCAUCAGUAAACGAGUGUCUCAUGGGCAAAUAAAACAAAUAAUCCGAAUUCUUAGCAAGGGACUUGAGAGCUGUUUAAAGGGGCCUGAUAAUUACAACAGCCAAGUUCUUAUAGAAGCCACGGUUAUCGCACUAACCAAGCUGCAGCCACUUCUUAAUAAGGACUCUCCUAUGCACAAGGCCCUCUUUUGGGUGGCAAUGGCAGUGCUGCAGCUAGAUGAAGUUAACCUUUAUUCAGCAGGUACAGCACUACUUGAACAAAAUCUGCACACCUUAGAUAGUCUUCGGGUAUUCAAUGACAAGAGCCCAGAAGAAGUAUUCAUGGAAAUCAGGAGACCUUUGGAAUGGCACUGCAAACAGAUGGAUCAUUUUGUUGGACUCAACUUUAACUCUAACUUUAAUUUUGCACUAGUAGGGCAUCUUCUAAAAGGAUACAGGCAUCCCUCUCCUACCAUCGCAGCAAGGACAGUAAGGAUUUUACACACACUACUAGCUCUGGUUAACAAACAUAGGAACUGUGACAAGUUUGAGGUGAAUACCCAGAGUGUGGCUUACCUAGCAGCUUUGCUGACAGUGUCUGAGGAAGUUCGAAGUCGCUGCAGCCUAAAACAUAGGAAGUCUCUCUUACUGACAGAGGUUUCAAUGGAAAAUGUUCCUAUGGAUACAUAUCCCAUACAUCACAGUGACACCAGCUGUAGGACACUAAAGGAAAACCAACCAUGGUCCUCUCCAAAGGGGUCAGACAGACAUCUUGCUGCCAGUUACCCCACAGUAGGACAGAUUAGCCCACGAACACGAAAAUCCAUGAGCUUGGAUAUGGGACAGCCUUCACAAGCCAACACUAAAAAGCUAUUAGGUACAAGGAAAAGUUUUGACCAUUUGAUAUCAGACACAAAGGCUCCUAAAAGGCAAGAAAUGGAAUCUGGGAUUACCACACCUCCAAAAAUGCGGAGAGUAGCUGAAAAUGACUAUGACAUGGAAACCCAGAGAAUAUCGCCCCAACAACACCCACACCUUCGGAAAGUUUCUGUGUCUGAGUCUAAUGUCCUCCUGGAUGAAGAGGUUCUUACUGAUCCAAAAAUUCAAGCCCUGCUGCUUACUGUCCUUGCAACGUUAGUAAAGUACACUACAGAUGAAUUUGACCAACGAAUUCUUUAUGAAUAUUUAGCAGAAGCCAGUGUCGUCUUCCCAAAGGUCUUUCCUGUUGUGCACAAUUUAUUGGACUCCAAGAUCAAUACCCUUUUGUCACUGUGCCAAGAUCCAAAUUUGUUGAAUCCAAUUCAUGGGAUCGUUCAGAGUGUUGUCUACCAUGAGGAAUCUCCACCCCAGUACCAAACUUCUUACCUACAAAGUUUUGGAUUUAAUGGGUUGUGGAGGUUUGCUGGGCCAUUCUCUAAGCAAACACAAAUCCCAGACUAUGCUGAGCUUAUUGUGAAGUUUCUUGAUGCUUUGAUUGACACAUAUUUGCCUGGAAUUGAUGAGGAAACCAGUGAGGAAUCCCUACUGACGCCUACAUCUCCUUAUCCUCCAGCAGUGCAGAGCCAGCUUAGUAUUACUGCUAACCUUAACCUUUCUAAUUCUAUGACCUCACUCGCAACUUCCCAGCAUUCCCCAGGAAUUGACAAGGAGAAUGUCGAACUCUCUCCUACCACAGGACACUCCAACAGCGGGAGGACACGCCAUGGGUCUGCAAGUCAAGUGCAAAAGCAGCGAAGUGCUGGCAGUUUCAAACGUCACAGCGCUAAAAAGAUGGUGUGAAACUUUUUUUUUAAACCUGACUUAUGUACAUGGGCUUCACUAGUGGCCCUCUACCAGUUGUGAUGCUGCACUUAAUUCUUAAAGUUCCCAUCCCACCAGCCAUGUUGCCGGAUGAUCAACUCUUGAAACAUUGCCUGAAUUUUAAUGCCUUCUUUUCUUUUCUUCUGUUUUUUGGUUUAAGCCAGUGUUUCAGAACCAUUCAACAGAACCAUUUGUAGAUCCUGAAGAACUUUGUAGAUGAAUAAAGUAUGGAAUUCUUUAAUAGUGCAGUACAGUAGUUGUCCAAAUACAAAAGCCAUUUCUCAGACAUUUCUAUCUUGCUUCUGUCAUAUGCCUUGUUUGUUUCUUCUUCAAAGGAAAGUGUUAAUGUUUAAUCCUGUUUUGCACACUUCCAAAUUAGUGGCUUUAUGAGCCGGGGAAGUACUAUAAUCCUUGUUAAUUCAAAUCCUUCAGAUUUUUAGCUGUGGACUUUUUUUUACCAUGCUUAAAAGCAACCUAUGAAAUUAGCCACAGUGCAGUAAAGCUAACCAGAGGUGGAUGAUUGAUAAAUUAAAUCUUUAGUAAUUAGCAAUAAAUUUAAGAAGGCGAGGUGGCCACAUGUCUCUUCAUUCCCCGGAAAGUAGCUUCCUACAUUUAGGACUGUAUAUGGACCAGACUGGACAAACUGACUUUUUCCAAAGCAAAUUUAUUUUUUGCUGAACUUUGACUGCACUAAAAAAAACGGCUGUAUUGAGGAAAGAAAAUCAUCAAGAACUGACUAUUUAUGCUCUCUUAGUAGCUGCUUGGAAAAUAUUACUUUUUUUUUAUUUGUUUGUUUCCACAUAGCCUAUAUGUUAGUUUUGCCCUUUCUACCAAUUGUAUGCACUUUCAAGAAAUUCCUGGCAAACUAACUAUUUGGGAAAGUUGUAUCAAGUAACUUUCAACUCACUCAAGAAUUUUUAGUUUGGCAAAGCUGCUUAUGUGCUACCCAAGCAAUGAUACAAAAUCAUUAAUGUUAAUGUCAAUGCAAAAUGGUACAUGGAUUUAAAAAUAACUGACAUUUUGUCAAAGACAAGUUAUGUAUGAAUGUUUGCGAUUCAAUUUCUGCUAUCAAUGCAGACAUUUUGAAAUUUGUCUUGCAGAAUAUAAGUUGUUUUUAGUUUGAAACAAUGACGUUUGGGGUUUAUAAGAAGUAAACUGAAAUCGCUUUCUAUCACUGUGAAAGGCUCGUCAACUUGCAGUAGUAUAUUAACUAUGGAUGACUGUGAUAUGCUGCUAUGUUGAAUGAGAUGUAAUGAAGUAGCACUAAGUGUUGCAAAUACUAACUUUAUGGACUAAAAAUGUGUGGAACAUUUUGAUCUCCGAGGUAAAUAUAAAUGACAGAUAAGGACAUGUCAUCUGGGUGCUCAUUUUAGGGCUAAGUAUAUCUACUGCUAAUGCCAGGUGGUCCCUGUUGUAUGUUAGGAUUUAGCAAUUAAUGAAUUGCUUUAAUGAAAGGAUAUAGUAUUUAAAAAAAA